CUCCCUACUUCCGCUCAAACUCAGAUGAAUUCUUUGAUCUCCAAAACCCUAAUUCCCUCCGUCUCUCUUCGCUCCAAAACUCACUUCACUUCGAUCCCUAACUCACUUCCUAACUUCAACAGGGCCACCGCAACUAGAUUCAUGAGUUCUGAGUCGGCUCAGCGGGUCUUCCAACUCAGACUCGAUCCACUCACCGGGAACUCGGAGUGGGUCGUCAUCGACGACAAUGAGGAAGGUCCGGAAAGUUUCAAGGAGCCGCUUCUAGCUACGACGUUGUAUCUCGACAUGCUCAAUGACUCUUCCCGGAACAGAGCCUACCGGUUGGCCAUCGAGAAGACUGUAACAAAACCUUGCCACGUUCUUGAUAUUGGUGCGGGAACUGGGUUUCUGUCAAUGAUGGCGGCAAGAGCAAUGGGGUUGAGUGACUCAACAGCUUCUCUUGGUAGUAGCAAGGGGAUGGUAACUGCAUGCGAGUCUUACCUUCCAAUGGUGAAGCUCAUGCGGAAAGUUCUGCACAGAAAUGGUAUGGGAAGGAGUAUUAAGGUUGUUAACAAACGCUCAGAUGAGCUCAUAGUUGGAGUGGAUAUUCCUUCACGUGCCGACGUACUUGUUAGUGAGAUACUGGACUCGGAGUUGUUAGGUGAAGGGCUAAUACCAACUCUGCAACAUGCGCAUGACAUGUUAUUGGUGCAAAAUCCACUAACAGUGCCCUACCGUGCAACUACCUACGGCCAGCUGGUUGAAAGCACAUACUUGUGGAAGCUACAUGAUUUACGUGGUAAUGAAGCAAAAACAUCAGAUGGCAUACAUCUUCUUCCUGCUGGCUUUGAUACUAUUUUAGGUGUCAAACCACACCAAUAUCCAAUGCACUGUGAUGCAAUAACAAAAGAAAUUAAGCUGCUGUCAGACCCCUUCAAAAUAUUUGAAUUUGACUUUUGGAAACGGCCAAACAGUCAUGGAAAAGCUGAGCUCCAAAUAAAGGCAACAGAGGAUGGUAGUGUUCAUGCUGUAGUUUCAUGGUGGAUACUUCAGCUUGAUCGUGAAGGAACAGUCUUUUAUUCAACUGCUCCUCAAUGGAUAAAUUCACCAAUCAACACAGGUGAAUGGGAUUGGUGUGACCAUUGGAAACAGUGUGUCUGGCUCCUUCCUGGGAAGGGUGUAGUCAUAUCCAAGGGACAAGAAGUGUUAUUGGAGGCCAUUCAUACUGAUACUAGUAUCUCAUAUAACCUGAAAACCCUAGUCCCAAGGACUGACAUAAUACAGCAUGAUAAUAAAUUUGAGGAUUUUCAGCUCACACUACCACCUGAAAGAGUUGCAAUUUAUGGAGACAGUAAUUGGAGACUGUCUAUGUUAACAGCUCUAAAAAAUGCUUUGCAGGGAAGAGAUAGCCCAUUAUGUGUUGUUGCAGAUGAUAGCAUUUUUUUAACACUUCUUGCUGCAAAUCUUUCAAAAAUGUCACAUGUGAUAUCCUUGUUUCCUGAUCUGAGGGACAGGGGUGCGCAAUGUAUUGAAGCUGUUGCUAGUGCAAAUGGUUUCUCAAUGUAUCGUGUAAAAGUUAUUGGAAAUAUGAAAACAUGCUUGACUAUGCAUGAUACUCGGCACAAGAAGGUUGACCUAUUGAUUGGAGAACCAUACUAUUAUGGAAAUGAGGGAAUGCUUCCAUGGCAGAACCUGCGUUUUUGGAAGGAACGAACAAUGCUUGAUCCCAUCCUCUCAAAGGAUGUGUUGAUUAUGCCUUGUAAAGGAAUGUUGAAGGCAUGUGCUAUGUCUCUGCCGGAUCUUUGGAACAGUCGCUGUUGCUUAAAUGAGAUUGAAGGCUUUGAUCACUCAGUAGUAAAUACUACUCUAGGUGCAUGUGGUGAAUUACCAGCUCCAAAAGAGGGACCUUGUCUGCCCUUUCCUAUCUGGCAGUGUGGUGAGAUUAAGGAGCUCAGUGAGAUAUUUACUUUAUUGGAGUUCGAUUGCUCAAAACCAAUUAGUCCAUGUUAUGGACAAGUGCAGGUGAAAUUUACUGAGCCUGGGAUAUGCCAUGGGUUCGUCCUAUGGAUUGAUUGGGUGAUGGAUGCAGACAAUGCAGUUGUGUUGUCAACUGGGCCAGGUAGAUCACAGAUAUUGGAAGCAGGGGGUUAAGCUUCUGGCUAAGCCUGUAGCAGUUGGAAUACAAAGAUCCGAAUGCA